ACGAUUGAACCUUCGUCCUCCCUGUUUGCUUUUUUUUUCUCCCCUCCCCCCCCCUUUCGCGAUUGUUGCCGCAGCGACACACGCACACGCGCCCGUCCGCCCACCCGCCCGUCCCUCCACACCAUGAUCGAGCCCUCCCGGCGCCGCGACCCUGGCGAACAUGCGCGCACCCAUCCCGGCCGCACGCGCUGGAUGACCGGCUUCAUGCUGAGCACCAUCCUGCUGGCGGUCAUUUGGUCGAAGCUGGAGCUGAGCGCCGACAAGGUGCUGCAGUAUGCGCUGCUGCCGGCGCGCAUGGGCCAGAUGGCCUGCGGGCAUGUGGCCAAGACGGUGUGCUCGGCGCACUACGUGUCCGGCCGGUCGCUGGAGGACAUCGAUGCCCGGGGGGAUGUCAUCUCCCUGGCCCGGGGGAUCUGCCGGGUGGAGCUCUUCGAGGCGGGGCCGCAGGCGCCGGGGCCCGGGGUCCGGGCCACCGGGGCCGGCGGGCUCUUCGAAGCGGAGGCCUACUUCCAGGGCAAGCAUGGGUGCUUCCUGGCGCCGGCCUCCGGGGCCCUGUCCGGGCGGCUGUUCCCGGCCGGGGCGCCGAUCUCGCGGCACCCGGCGCCGGGGGCCCUGGCGGCGGCCGGGUCCGGCCCGGACGCCUGGGCCUUUGCCAAUGACCCGGCGGUGGCCUGGCCGCAUGGCGACGCCGGGGUGUCGGCGGCCGAUGCGGCGGCCUAUGCCCCGGUGCAGGCGCGCCUGCGGCGGGAGUUCGCGGAGCUGGCGGCGGCCGACGCCCGGGCGGCGGCCCUGGCCGGCGGCGCGUCCUCGGCCGAGGCCGACGCGGCGGCCGACGCGGCGGCUGCCAGUGCCACGCCCGGCACCCGGGCCAUGGUGGUGGUGCAUCGCGGCCGGCUGGUGGCCGAGGCGUAUGCCCCGGGGCUGGGCCCGAUGACCCCGCUCGGGGGCUGGUCCAUGGCCAAGAGCCUGACCAAUGCCGUGGCCGGGACCCUGGCCUUUGAGGGGGGCUGCGUGCGGCUGGAUGCGCCGGUUCGGCCGUCGGUGCCGGAGUGGUGGCCGGCGGCCCCGCCGUCGGCCGGGCACUCGGUGUACUGCCCGGGCGCGGAGCUGGGCGAGAGCCUGCUGCCGGCCGCGGCGCCGGAGCACCCCCCGGAGGCGGAGGCGCAGGCGGAGGCGGCCACGGCCACGGCGGCACACCGGCACGCGGCCGUGGCCCGGCGCUUUGCCAUGUCCCCGGCCCCGGCGGCCGGCCGGUGGGCGGCCGACCCCCUGGGGCAGAUGUCCCUGUGGCAUUUGCUGUCCCAGUCGUCGGGGCUGUCCUUCGACGAGUCGUACGGGCUGCUGAAUGACCCGGCGCGCAUGCUCUUCCUGGAGCCCUCUUCGGCCGGGUAUGCCGCGGCCCUGGAGCACGGGGGCCCCGGGACGCCGGCCGUGCCGCCGGGCAGCCGGUUCCUCUACACCUCCGGCAAUACGAACCUCGCGGAGCGGGUGGUGCAGACCCGGUGCUUUGGGCGCCUGGUCGGGGAGGCCGGGGCCGCAUGCGACCCGGUGCCCGGGAGCCAGGCCCCGGCCGAGGCGGCGGCCAGUGCCCUGGCCGGGGGGUCCCUGCGGCCGGCCGGCUGGCAGGUGGACUACGAGGCGUACUGGGGCCAUGUGCACCGGAGCCUCUUCCAGCCGCUGGGCAUGUCGACGGCGGUUUUCGAGCGCGAUGCGGCCGGCCUGCAGGUGGGGUCCUCCUUUGCCAUGAUGAGUGGCCGGGAUUGGGCCCGCCUGGCGUACCUGUUCCUGCGCGGCGGCGAGUGGGUGACGGCCGACGGCCGGCCCGGGGCGCGGAUUGUGCCGCGCGAGUGGGUCGACGCGUCGACCCGGCCGACCCCGGUGUCCGGCGGCGGGCACGGCCUCCACUGGUGGACCUCGGCCACGGCCGACGGCGACACCGGCGGCGACGUGGCCUGGCACAAGGACCUGCCGAAGGAUCUCUUCUACAUGGGCGGCUUCGAGGGGCAGCUGUCCAUGGUGGACCGGGCGUCGGAUUUGGUCAUCAUUCGCCUGGGCAAGACCAAGGGCGGCUUCCGCACCCCGAAGGGCACCAGCCUGGUGAAGGAUGUCCGUGAGAUGGCUGCCGCCGCCGCCGCUGUGGUGGCUGCCGUUGCCGAUGUCGUGGUGUGAGGCGGGCGCCCCUGCCCGGCCGGUGUGCUUUUCAUUCGUGCGAUGGCCCCCGCCCUUCUUCCCGUGUACAAAAUGGGGGGGGGGGGGCGUCCCUGUUGCGCCGUGUUCCCCUCGGCUCCUGCGGGCGGGGGGGGGAGGCGGGGCGCGGUUCCCGGGGAGGCGCCCGUUCCGCUGGCAGCCACAAGAAUGUGGCCCCGCGUGACCGCGCUCCCAAAUAGAUCACGCGCAUGCGCCAUUUCGUCCCC